AUGGCUACGUCUAGUGAUACUUCGGAUCAGAAUGUGAAGUCAAGACGACCUGCUGAAUCUGCGUUCAAGCAGCAGCGUUUGCCGGCAUGGCAGCCUAUACUAACAGCAGGGACUGUCUUACCAACUUUUUUUGUAAUAGGAAUAGCUUUUAUUCCUGUCGGAAUAGGGUUGCUCUACUUUUCGGAUGAGGUAAAAGAACAUGUUAUUGAUUAUACUUACUGUAUGAAAGAAGAUGAAAAUAUAACAUGUGCUGAAUAUAUAAAACAAAAUGACAUGGAGCCGUGUACUUGUCAAAUAAUUUUUAAUUUAACUGAAGACUUCAAAGGAGAUGUAUACUUUUACUAUGGAUUGAGCAAUUAUUACCAGAAUCAUAGAAGAUAUGUCAAGUCCAGAGAUGACAGUCAACUCCUUGGACGUUUAUCACUAACCCCAUCAUCAGACUGUGAGCCAUUUGCCUAUGCCGAAGAAGAUGGAAAGUUGAAACCUGUAGCUCCAUGCGGUGCUAUUGCUAACUCAUUGUUUAAUGAUACGUUAACUGUGCACUCUCAAGAUUUGAAUAUCAAUGUGCCAGUACUGCGAACUGGUAUUGCUUGGACUUCGGAUAAGGAUAUUAAAUUCCGGAAUCCACCUGGAGAUCUUAAAACAGCAUUCGCCAACUUCACAAAACCUGUUAACUGGCGGGUACCGGUGUGGCAGUUAGAUAUGAACAACUCGGAAAAUAACGGUUUUCAGAAUGAAGAUCUGAUUGUGUGGAUGCGUACAGCAGCAUUGCCAACAUUCAGAAAGUUGUACCGUCGGGUCGACCACUCGCAAGUCGGGUUCAGUACAGGACUGGUGAAAGGUCCUUACCUGCUGCGCGUCGAAUAUAACUACCCAGUGACUGAUUUUGAUGGAACCAAAUCGUUCAUAAUAUCGACUACCUCGUUACUCGGUGGCAAGAAUCCUUUCCUUGGUGUCGCGUAUGUGGUGGUCGGAACUCUCUGCCUGCUGCUCGGCAUCGUGUUGCUCGUUAUACAUGUCAGGUGCUCCAGAAGCACAACCGAAAUGAUCAACGUCAACCCUCGCACACCAUAUUCCUAA